AUGGAGCGCGGGUGGCCGCCGCCAGCGGGCGGGAACGCACAUAGCAAUCCAGAAGCAAACCAAUCGAGACCAGCGUUUGGCGCCGGUCAGCAGUCACCUCCACAAGGCCACUCCGGCCUUCCUCCUCCGCCGCCGAGUGGUCCCUUUCCACACUUCCACCAACAACCUCCUUCGAUCGCGAAUUUGACCGGCAUCAGCCAGUCAUCGCCCAGACAGCCCGGAAGACCUGAAGGGCCACAACAAGCACCGCCGCAAGGCCCACAACUCCCUCUGCCAGGUUUCAGUCAAGCGACAGGCCAACCUGGGCAAGCAGAGCGAGAACGCGACAGAGCGCGUGAAGAGACGCAUAUCAAGGAAGAAGAGGACAGGAGACAGCGCGAGCAGCAGGAGCGGCAGCGGUUUGAGCAAGCGCCUCCUCAUCAGACGCAGGCGGCUCCGCCUAUGCACUUGCAUCAGCCGGUAGCUGUAGGACCUCGCUCAGUACACGGGCCAAACGGUCUGCUCGCGAAUCCAGGGCCGCCCUCACAGCAAUCCAUGGGAAUGGGUGCGCCCAACGGACCGGCCAACAUGUUUCCUGGAGGACCUGUCCAGCCCACAUCCCAAGGCCAAGGACCCACCAUGCAGCAGCAGAUGCAGGCCUCGAUACUGGUGCCAGGACAUCCUGGAGCACAGCAGCCCGGCCAGCAAGGACAACAGACUGGACAGCCUAGCCAAAGCCAGGGCCAGGGCCAGCAGCCGAUUCUCAAUGACGCAUUGAGCUAUCUUGAUCAAGUCAAGGUGCAGUUUGCUGACUCUCCUGAUGUCUAUAAUAGAUUCCUGGACAUCAUGAAGGACUUCAAGAGCGGCGCCAUCGAUACGCCAGGCGUGAUUGGUAGAGUCAGCACACUCUUCAAUGGCAACCCGGAGCUCAUCCAGGGCUUCAACACCUUCCUGCCGCCAGGCUAUCGCAUCGAGUGUGGGCCCGGCACCGAUCCGAAUGAGAUUCGCGUGACGACGCCCAUGGGGUCUAGCAUCCUUCCCAUGCCGCAGCCGCAGCGCUUACAUCCAGAUCAAGACGGUGGGCAGGAUGCUUUGCGCCCGCCGAAUGGCACAUCGACGCCUCAGCCAGGGCAUUCAGCACCCAGAGCGCUCAGUCCGGGUGGGAGGCCAGUACCUGCAGCCGAAGCGCCAUAUCUGCGUGCGAUUGAAGCAGCUCAGCGGCAAGAGCAGCAACAGUCGAUGCACCAGCAAGAGCAACGUGGAGUGAACUCGCUUCAGAACGCUGUGUCCGCCGCGACUGCAGCAGGUGGUGGGCUGCGCGCUGGCAUUUCACCAAGAGCGACCCCGCUGCCGGGACAACAAGAUGCGAACCCCAUGGCAGAUGGCCAGGCUGGUCAAGCUGGCAUGGAGAAGCGCGGACCGGUUGAGUUCAAUCAUGCCAUUAGUUAUGUGAACAAGAUCAAGAAUCGUUUUGCUUCACAUCCAGAUAUCUACAAGCAGUUCCUCGAAAUUCUUCAGACCUACCAGCGCGAGUCGAAGCCGAUCCAAGACGUAUACAGCCAAGUCACUCGUCUUUUCGACGGCGCGCCAGACCUACUCGAAGACUUCAAGCAAUUCUUACCAGAGUCGGCCGCGCAGGCGAAAGCAGCAGAGAACGCGCGUCGUCAAGCCGAAGAAGGCAUCAUGUACUCGAACAUGCGCGGCGAACAGGCCUACGGCAGUCCAGUCAUGUCCCGCGAAACGCAGAUUGGCACGCCGAACCAAGGUCGCAACAACCUGCCACCGGUCGGCAACUUCGCACCCACGCCACUCGGCAAGGACAACAACAACAAGAAGCGCAAGGAGAGGCAAGGAACCGCUGGCAGUAACAUUGACGGCGCGAUCGGGCCCAGCGCUGGCAAAGGUGGCAUGUAUGGCGCGGGGGCGCAACCGAACAAGCGCGUCAAGCAGACUCAUCAGCCGGCUGCGAAAGGUCCGAAUGAGGCACCGCCAUCUUCACCUACUCUCGCGCCUCGCCUCCCCGAGCCGCUGCCACCGACUACGUCAUCCGCUGCCACGCCGGAGGAGCUUGCCUUUUUCGAGCGCGCGAAGAAGACCAUUGGCAACAAGAACGUCAUGAACGAGUUCCUCAAGCUCUGCAACCUCUUCAGCCAAGACUUCAUCGACAGGACCGCCCUCGUUCACCGCGCGAAGCAGUUCAUUGGAGGCAACCCUGAUCUCAUGAAGUGGUUUGAAGACUUUGUCGGCUACGACGAGAAGGAUAUCACCAUCGAGAACAGAGCUAGGGAGCCAAUGGUACCCGGUGGCAGAAUCAGUCUCAGCAACUGCCGUGGUCUGGGUCCGUCGUACCGUUUGCUGCCCAAGCGGGAGCGGGUGAAGGUGUGCUCUGGCAGAGACGAGCUGUGCAACGCGGUCCUCAACGACGAGUGGGCUUCGCAUCCGACGUGGGCGUCUGAGGACUCCGGCUUCAUCGCGCAUCGUAAGAACCUUCACGAAGAAGCUCUUCAUAGAAUCGAAGAGGAGCGUCACGACUACGACUAUAACAUCGAAGCAGCCAACCGCACUGUUCAGUUGCUCGAGCCGUACGCGCAGCAGCUCCGCCGCAUGGACCUUCAGCAGCAGCGUGAGUUGGUGUUGCCACCAGGCCUUGGAGGACAGAGCGAGGCGAUCUACAAGAGGACGAUCAUGAAGCUCUACGGCCGCGACCGUGGCGCCGAAGUCAUUGAGAGCCUGAUGGCGACCCCAUACCACGUCAUCCCGGUCUUGCUCAACCGCCUCAAGGAGCGUCUUGAGUCCUGGAAGCUGGCGCAGCGCGAAUGGGAGAAGGUCUGGCGUGAGCAGACGCAGAAGAUGUUCUGGCGAUCGCUCGACCACCAAGCAGUUGGCAUCAAGGUUAACGAGCGUCGCCAAUUCCAGACCAAGGCGCUGCAGGGCGAGAUGGCGGUCAAGUUUGAGGAGAUGAAGAGCAGUGCCGACAAGACCAAGACGGACGACCUUCGUGGCAAGCCGCAGAUUGAGCUUGGGAUUGAUGAUGGGGAUGUCGUCGUCGAUGCUACGUGGCUGAUCCUCUCUAAUGCGAAAACGCAUGAUGUGUCGGAAAACCCGAGGCUGGAGCCGUUCCUGCGCGAGUUCAUUCCUAUGCUCUUUGGCAUCGACGUUGAUGUGUUCGAUCGCAAGCUUAAUGAGAAAAUAGGUGGUACACCGGUCAAUGGCGAUGCCGGUGGUGACGACAACCAGAGCGGCGCCGAAGACUCCGCGAGCGAGAAGCGUGGUAGGAAGAAUGGUAAGACGACGUUGCUGAGGCAGGCUGUUGAUAAGGGGCCAAGAGGCAGGAUGGGCAGGAAGGAUCGCGAGGACAGCAAUACUUCUGCAUCCCGUCAGAGCACACCAGAUGUGGCGUCCCAGGUCGGUGACGACUCUAUGGCUAUCGACGCCGUUGGCACUCCAACCGAAGAAGGCGCCGAGAAGAAGGCGGCUGUCAACGCAGGACCAUCCCGCCGCUGGCUCGACCACCCCAGCAUUGAGAACGACACCGGCACGAAGCAGAUCGCUCCCACGGAGCCACAGGAGAGGCACGUCUUCCGCCUGUGGGCCAACACUCCCAUCUUUUGCUUCGUGCGCAUGUUCAUGACGUUCUACGAGCGCCUGCACCGCCUGAAGCUGGCCGAGCCGACAUGCCGCGAGACUGUCAAGCACGCGAAGAUGCCCAAGCCAGCAGUAGAUCUGGGCAUCAACGACAAGCUGCCGUCGGAGUUCUUCGAAGACAUCGGCCCGAACGCCAAUUACUACAAACAGAUGAUGGAAAAGUUUGUUACCGUGCUCGGGGGCGACAUGGAGUUCGUCAACGACGGCGUCGAGGAGUGCUUGAGGCGCUUCUAUCUGCAAGACGGCUACCCGAUGUAUCAGCUCGAGAAGAUGACGCAGGGGCUGGUGCGCUUCGGCGCGCAGAUGGUGGCGCAAGAUGGUAGCAAGGAUCGCAGCUGGGACAUUCUGCAGCUGUUCAAGAAGGAUCGCAUGAAGAAUGAGACGAGUGCGCAGCAGAUCAUGGACUACCGCAAGGCGGCAGAGAAGCUGAUUGGCAAUGCGGAUGCCUAUCGCAUCGAAUGGGACGAUAUCAAGAAGACGGCAAAGAUCUUCCUCGUGAAGCACGGCGACUGGUUCUACAAAGAAGACUUCCCCUCCGACCGCGACCUCGAGGACCAAUGGCGCUUCUACAUCGCCAGCUACAGCCAGACCGAGCCGACCGAAGGCGUCGACCGCACCCUCGUCACCCCGGUCCUGCUGGCGCGCAACAUCCACGCCAUGGGCGCCGAUCCGAACUCCGACAUCUUCCCGCCUGAGAUCCACGAUGGUGGUGGCGAGGGCGUCGACUCCAUCAUCGCCUCCGACGGCUCGGAGGCUGCCCGCGCAGCCGUGCGUCUGCAUUCGCGGCUGCAGAACUCGGAUAGUGAUGAGAGUUUGAUUCUGCGCAUUGCGGUGGGGAAGUUCUACCGGGUGUUCCAGCCCGGGACGGCGGAUAGUGUGUAUCAGCUCCCCUCUGAGCGUGAAGGUGGCGAGGACGGCGUGCAGAGUGCUGAGGAGGCUACGGCGGAGAGGGGGGCUAAGAUGCGGGAGCGGUGGGUGCAGUUUGGUGAUGGGGUGGUUGGGGAUGUUGAGGCGGGGGAGGCGGGGUUUGCGGCGGUGGUUGAGGGGGAGGCGGGCGAGGGGAUGGAGGUUGAUGGUUGA